UACAGUGCAGGCGUACCGUACGGACAAUGAUGAGCGUUACCUUGGUAACAGUUUUCCUCUUUACCUCCAGUUGUAUUUCUUUCUCCGUGUGUGAGUUUCAUACUAUGGACGCUCAGCCUGGAGUAGACGUCAUGCUGCUGUGCUCCAAUUUUACCGAUGUGCCCAUUCACAUCGGCUGGUUCAGACUGAACAAAACAUCCAGCGUCAGACAAAUCUCCUCCAUGUUAACCGCUGGUAGAAAUGCUUCUCUCUUUGGUGAAUUUCAACAUGGCCGCCAUGAAAUGACAUCCAACUGCUCUCAUCUGUUUCUCAAGAUCAGACAGGUGGAUUCUAGUGACUCUGGAUUAUAUUUCUGUGGAUUUAACAAAAAUAACACCACCGUUAUUGUCAGUGCAACGUCUUUUAAAGUCCAAGGAGCAUUUGAUGGAUUAAGCAGCCCUAUGAUCCUGAUCCUGGGUGCUCUGGUUGUUCUCCUCACGAUUGUCAUCUUAACUCUGGUUGUUAUAAUCAGAAAACGUCCUGCAGCCCAUAAAGAGGAACAGAAUCCACCGCUACAUAAGAAUGUGGGUUCUGAUGAUGUGACCUAUGCAGCGGUGCAGUUCCAUGCAAAAGCAAACAGCAGGAAACGGUCUGCAACAGAGAACAAUCAACAGACAAUUGUUCUGUAUGAUGCAACAGCAGAGAGCAGCAAUAGUCAGUGUGUGGAUCUCAAACCAGAUGCCGCUUUUUAG